AUGGGCUUUGGCAUCCUCGAUGCCGCUGAUGAACGCGCCCCAGGCACGGUGUACCUGGUAGAGAAUGAGAGAGAUCAAGAGUCACACGAUGCCCACGUGUCUGUGCGUCUCAAGCACGGCACAGGCAAGUCGGCGCAUAUCAUCUUGGUGCCACAGCCUUCCGAUGAUCCCAACGAUCCCCUGAACUGGGGCCACUGGCGCAAAGAUUGGAUAUUUCUCAACAUUUGCAUCGGCGCUUCCAUGCUGGUCAACGUGCCUAACGGUUUGAUCAAGGCCGCUAUCUAUCAACUCACGACGAUUUUCGAUCGCUCUCUCACCGACAUUGCCGCUCUGGCGGGAUAUGUGCUGCUUGCAAUCGGGUCCGGGGCGCCUUUUGUUGCCGUCCUAUCCAAGAAGUAUGGCAAACGGCCGCAAUUCCUCCUCGCCUCAUUCCUGGCCAUCAUUGGCACCAUCAUCUGCUUGACCACCGGAACAAAUUACGACGUAUUCCUGAUUGGAAGAAUCUUCCAGGGCAUUGGCGCAGCCGCCUACGAGAGCAUCAUCUUCAAUGUCAUUGGAGACAUGUACUUUGUCCAUGAACGGGGCAUCCGCGUGGCUGUAUUCAAUAUCGUGCAAGCCUCAGUGGCUCUUCUACCUCCAAUCAUCUCGGGCGUCAUCACCACCAACCAAGGAUGGCUCUGGCCGUUUAAGUAUUACAUGAUUUUCAUCUCGAUCCAGUUUCUCAUGGCUUUUCUCUUCAUCCGGGAGACAUCGUACAAACGGGCCGCCAUCUUCGACAUCGACCUGGACGGCGAGCGAAACAUUGACACCCCUGCCACCGUCGAGGAAAAGCAGGCCAACAAUAAGGAAGAAGCCCACGUCGAAAGCGCCCCGAAAUCUCCCCCGACCGGUCGUGGAGACCCAGAUCCGGUCUCCGUUGGAACGGGCCAAAUCUCCACCAUCUACAGGAAGAAAACUUGGUGGCAACACCUUCGGAUCUGGAACGGCACCUUUGACAGGACCAACCCGGUCAAGCUGUUCUUCGUGGUGUUUGCCUGCGGCCUCAACCCAGCGACCAUCUACUCCAUCUUCGUCGCGGGGAUCAUCGUCUCAUUCUGGGUCGGCUGUGGCUUCGUGUGGCCCCAAGUGUACGGACCACCGCCGUACUCGCUGGACUCGAAGCACAUCGGCUACCUGUACUCCGGGUCCGUGAUCGGGGGCACCAUCGUCUGUCUCCUGUCGACCUUCUUGUACGAUCGCGCCAUGGUCAGCCUCGCACGGUGGAACAAGGGUGUCUACGAGCCCGAGAUGCGCCUCUGGAUCAUGGUCUUUGCCCUGAUCUUCGGCAUCGCGGGCUUUCUCGGGCUCGGGUUUUCGUUCACUUAUGGUAACCCCACAUCGGCCGCGGCUUGUUAUGCUCUGGUCGGCAUGGCCAUCUCCUUGGCUUCCAUUGGCGCCGGGUCAUACAUCAUCGACGCCUACCGGGGGAUGACGACCGAAAUCUUUAUCCUUGCGGCCACGUGCAAGAACAUGUUGUAUUUCAUGCAGUCCAAGAUAAUGAACAAGUGGAUAGCCGCCAUGAGCCCCCGAGAUAUAUAUGCCAUUGUCACGGCAAUCGUCGGCGUCAGCUUGCUGAGUACCAUCCCCAUGUACAUAUAUGGGAAGAGGUUGCGUGUCGUCUGGGCUCGCUGGAAUAUCUAUGAACGUCUCCAUCUCAGUGACAUUUCUCUGGACUGA